AUGAGGCCCCAACAGCACAGACAAGGCUCCACCCAGGCCAAAGGCAAAGGAAGAGAAAUAGAUCAUACUGAUGUUCUUGCCCAACUGAAUAAGCUUCUGGAGAGCCUCCUGAUACCGAUUUCCCUACCCGAUCUAACCGUCGCGACACCGUCUCUUCUAUUGGCCGUUCUUGAAAGUAUUCUCGAGCGGCGCUUCUUGGCGUUGAAUGAUCCCAGUCGUACCUCAAAGUCUCCCCAUUCCCGUUCAAGAUGUUUAAAAGCAACGAUUAAGGUGCUUGCUCAGACUUUGGAGCUCGAUAUCGAUCGCUGGUCUCUCAAUUCUAUCGAUUUUCCUGGGCUCGUUCAGGGAGACAUGAAUGAAACGGCCAAACUCAUUGAAGGGCUCCUGAAAUUAUCCAGACAGCCCAACAAUUCAGCCCUGUACAAUCACAAAGGCACUACCCAUCAGGGGAUGCCCCGCCAGCAGCUGAACGAGAAGAUAAACUCCAACAAGCCCGCUUUCGAAAAUCACGAGCCGGGAUCCAAGCGUAUUCCCACUGUAAGAAUCGGCUGGCCGACUGAAAUCGCCUCUCUUCACUCUAGCUCGUCCUCUCUUUCCAUCGAACCCAGCAACAUUCCCUUUGACGGACUUUUUUCGCCGGUUGGACCCCCCUUGGAUCAAUCUUCUCUGAAACUCGACUCUAGUGCAUCCUUAACCACCUCGAGCAAUCGCCGCCUCAAUGAAUCGCUCAAUUCCCAGCGAAACAAUGAAGUUCCACUCUCAGGGCAAAUAUCCAACCCACCAACCUUAAGGAAUCUCCUCGGACCACUGCAUGCUCAAAUGAUAAGCUCCAAACGACCCCACACUCCUCGUACUGCUCACAGGGUCAUGGUCAACAAACUACGCAACGAAGGCGCACAGGAAGACACGGAAGAACAGACUUUAAACCAUGAUACUGAUGGUUCGAUGUCAGCCAAAACCGAGACCGAAGAGAACGAAGGUAGCUUGGUUGGAGAGUCGCGGUACCAGUACAACAAAGGUUUAAGUAUGAUGACGCUCGAUGGAAUUGAGGCCGAUGAUCCGUUUGUCUCCAUGGAAACUCGCCGAGCCCUAGAAAGUCAAAUUCUGCAGAAUCAGACCAAUUUUAGUUUCGACCUGACUCAAUUAGCCGUGGCUGGUGACGAAAGCUUCAAUACAUCUCCCCAGUCGUUUAAAAACACAUCUUGUGAUCUUGAGUGGAAACAAGCGUCGGAAUCAAUGAGCCGCACCUCGUCGAGGUCUUCCCCUUCUGUGAUCAGUAGCCACUCGCUCAACUCUUAUGAUCUUGCAAGCAACCACGAAAGUUCUUGGGGCCAAUCCUCCCAAGGACAUCAUCAUCAUCACCAUCACCAUCAAGAUCAGAGCUAUGUGCAAUCGGCCCGGCCGCUACGGAAAGCACGUGAGCAAGCUCCCGGACAUCUUUUUGGCUUUGGUGGUUCUGUUGGAUCAAGUUUUGAAGAUGACCACGUCAUCGAGUACGCAGAUUGCGGCUUUGGACGACCCACCAAUUCGAUAAAGACGCGGUCGAGGGACCAAUCUCUUCAAGUUCCCUAUCCCACAUCCAUCCCGCUUCCAGCAUCACCGACCGAGGGUAAUCUCAGCUCCUCACAGCAUCGCCAGGUUUUAUUAGCAUCAGAAGGAGUCAAAUUGGAUUUAGUGGUCUCAGAUGUUACGAGCUAUGAGCAGCAAAAACACGAUCAGUUGAAUAUCGAGGGCUGGGACUGGAUGGAUCUCAGUAAGCUAGCCCAAGAAUCAGAGAACCUUCAGCAGUUGGGCCCUACUAUCACCCCCGAUGAUCACAAAGCCAAGACCCUCACCAAUCUACACUCACGGAAGUUAGAAUUACUGAAACUCAUCAGUCAGGCUUAUAAUCAACACCAAAGCUGCAAUCGUUCAAAUCAUCCAUCAAUUGAAGGGACCGAAGCCGAUAAAUCAAAGAUUUGUCGAGCUGAUAAACAGGAAGAAAACAUUAGAAUUCGAGUCACCAGAAAACCGAUCGAGGCCGGUGUCAUUCACCAUUUUGAUCGACCCGGGAACGAGUUCGUUGUCCUCAACAAAUCUUGGCUUGUCCGUCCCACAGAUACUUCACAUUCCUCUGGUAGUCGUGAUUUCUGCUUCGGUUACAAUGUUAUUGAUGCUGAGGGUGAUCAAUACCUUGAUAAUCGAGACGACCUUAUUGACGAUCUCAUUUAA